GUUCCCUUUCUCUGUGCAGCUUCCUCCUGCACUGCUACCGAAUCCUCAGACUCAAUCGAGACAUUCUCUGCUUCUGUGUGUCGCUGCACAGUCAUCCUUCGCCAAUUGCCGCACCUUGUCUGGCAUUGCUCGGCAAACACAUAUCAGGCCCGGAACCCCAGUUCGGAAGUGAACGGCGCUUUGGAACCACCUCAACCUCAUCCUUCCAUUUUGAAAUCUCGAGGCUGUGCCUGUCUUUCCUUCUUGACCUCUGUGUAUUUUCCUCUUGUUUCUAGACUCUUGAAAUUGUUUUGCAAACAUGGACACCCUACUGACGGCGGAGAUCUACGCCAACUCGCCCCGCUUUCGGCGGCGGUCGAGUACUUUCGUCGAUGGCAUCCAUGAUAUGCCUGAGAAGGAGGAAAUGGCCCCUGCCCAACUUUACAGCACGGAAUCUGGCCGACUCUUCCACUCUGGGCGCAUUGUUAUUGCUACCGUUGGUCUGCCUGCGCGAGGCAAGACACACACCUCUGUCGCUGUUGCGCGCUAUUUACGCUGGCUUGGUGUCAAGACUCACGUGUUUCACUUGGGAGACUAUCGUCGCGCUACGCUUGGCCCUGAAACAGAUGUACCCGACGACUACUUUUUCUUGAACGCAUCACCGCAAUCUGUGCUUCUGCGAAACAAGAUCCUAAAGAAAUGCCGCGACGACAUCUACCAUUUCUUAGAGAACGAAAAAGGUCAAAUCGCCAUCUAUGAUGCGGUAAACGCUAUCACUCAAGGCCGCAGGUCGCUUGCCAAGGAGUUUGCCAAGAAUGGCAUUCAGACAAUUUUCAUUGAAUCACACUGCACGGAUGAGCGCAUAAUCCAGGAAAACGUUCGUCGAGUCAAAAUCUCGUCUCCUGACUACAAAGGCUGGAAGGACGAGGAUGCGGUUCAGGACUACCUGGCGAGGAUAAACUCGCGGAUACCACACUACGAAACUAUGGAGGAGCCUGACCUGCAUUGGAUUAAAAUGAUCAACGCUGGGGAGCGAGUGGUCGUCAACAAUUGCGCCUUCGGAUAUCUAUCACAACGAAUUGUCUUUUACCUCCUCAACCUGCAUAUCAAGUCUCGGCAGACAUACUUUGCGCGUGCUGGAACCACACGUGAGGAGGACUCGUACAAGGCCGAUGCAAGUUUGUGUCCAGAAGGACAUGAUUACGCGAAGAAGAUGAGUGACGUGCUGCUGGCGUACCGUGAAGAAGAGAGGAAGAAGUUGAUCGAUCAAGGAGCGCCGGAUGCUGCGCUGAAACCACUCACAAUAUGGACCUCGACUCGUCGGCGUACCGUUCAAACCUCAGAAUAUCUUGCGGCGAUGGGAUACCGUGUUCGACAACGGUCACAGAUGAGCCAAAUGAAUCCCGGCGUCUGUGAGAAGAUGUCAGAACAAAAGAUCCGACAAGAUUUCCCCAAUGAGGUCAAGAAGCAUGAGGCUGAUCCCUAUCACCAUAGAUACCCAAGAGCAGAGUCCUACCACGACCUUGCAGUCCGUAUGGAACCCAUCAUCCUCGAACUCGAACGUGAGGAGAAUGACUUGCUCAUCAUCGCCCACGAAUCUGUUCUACGCGUGCUCUACGGUUAUUUGAUGGCAUGCAACGCAGCCGACAUCCCCAAGCUUGAGUUUCCCCGCGACGAGAUUAUCGAAAUCAUUCCCUCAAGCUACAAUAAUGUCGCAAAACGCAUCAGGAUACCCGAUCUUCCCCAAAAGAUGGUUCCCGGUAGUCCCGAAGACAUCCAGAUCCCCGUCGCUCCAAGCGGCGCCGUAAGUCCUACGCCCGGGCUUGGCACGCCCAAGUUAGAACCUGGGACUGAGAAACCAGAAUAUUCUCUUCAGCCUCUGAACCUGAAGAACACGCAUAUUAAUCCGUCUGAAUGAGCAGGUGCAAUAUCGAUAUCGGUAUGGUUCCACGUUCGAUAACGAGAGGGCAAGUCAGCAGACGGACUAGGAUUCGGAGUUGGACGACUGACGAUUGGGAUCAUGAAUGACUAUGCGUAUGAGUUUUUGAGUUUGUGUUUAUGCAAGUAGAGGUCUGGAUGGUGAGUUGAUAGCGUUGCGAAAGAGUUUCGAUUCUGUACAGGCUUUGCGGCGCAUCGCUAUCCAUUAAGAAUACAUUAUUACAUCUCG